AACGUUUACAGUUGCCCACUUGACCACACGAGUAACUGAAGUUUGCAACCAAUUACCCGUACUGAUAACAGAAACCCAGUUUUUUUUCCUGAGGAAAAGAAAGAUUACAGAGCAGAAUAAGCAAAAUAGGUGGGAAGAAGACAGGGGUGGAGGGAAAGGUCAGACCUUGAUCCAUCAGUUCCUGCAACUGGUGAAUCAAUGGCUUCCUGAGAAAAAUCCACAUUCUUUGCUUUCUCUCACUUUCUAGGCAACCAAUUAGAUUCGCAGAGAAAAUGGAAGGUUUUUAUGGCCCCACAGCCAGAGCUUGUCUCUCUGUUUUGACUCUUUGCACCAAACUAUGUAUGCAUAUAUUAAGAAAACAUAUAUAAGUAGGUGGUUGAAAGCGUUCUCCUUUAUACUUUGGUUUAGACUGUUGUUUCGGAUUAAUGAUUAGGGGUCGGUGGCCGAAGCCGGCGGUGCAGUCUCCGAUGGAGGCGGCGGCGGAGGCUGUCGGUAUUGUGUGCAGUUCCUCCGAUAAGAACCCUUCAAUCUGGAAAUGGAUGGACGAAUCGCUCUCGUCAGGAACUCUCUGUCCUCUCCACCUCCUCUCCCUUCUCACCUCCCGACUCAUCCCUCUCCGCCGCUCCCUCCCUCUCUCUUUCCGUCUCUACCUCCACCUCCUCCCCCUCCACGCCCUCUCCUCCUCCUCAGCCGCCUCCACCGCCAGGCUGGUUCGCUCCGUCGACGAUGCUCUUCGCCUUUCUCACUCCUUCAACGUCCCCAUUACGGAUUUGGGACGUGCCUUCGUCUUCUUCCUCUUCACCCUCGUUUCCUCCCUCCUCGAUUCCGCCCUCGAGGAUUUCCUCCAAAUCGACUCUACUGAAAAUCUGCUUGCCCAGAACGCUUUCACUGCUUUGGAGGUACUUGCCAAGGUCACCAAUUCCAGGAAAGCCAAGGUCUUACUCCGGCUCGUUUACCUCAACUUGCCUCAGAAAUUUGAUGGCUUGCUCCAAGGAAUGCAAUCUCUUGAAGCCAGACUAAUGAAAUCCGCCUCCCUAGACCCGGCAAAUCAAUUCUUGAAAAAGAUAUCUGCCAAUAUUUUCAGUGUUAUGGAACUUGAGUAUCAGUUAAACAAUCGCAAGUUUAUAGGGUUGCUAGUUUAUGGCUGUCCCGGCAGUUCAGCUUCUGGUCGAUCCACCUGUUGGGUUUCCUUUGACAUUUACAUGGAGCAUGCUAUGGAUGGUAGACAUCUCCCUGUCCGAUCAGUUGUUGCAAUUCUUUCUGAGAUGAUUUAUGCUCUCAAAGUUAUCAAUCAAGCUAGCUGGCAAGAAACUUUUCUUGAACUUUGGUUGUCGGCCCUUCGUCUUGUGCAAAGAGAGCGUGAACCGCUCGAGGGUCCUAUACCCCAUCUUGCAGCCCGGCUCUGUGUGCUUUUAUCAAUUGUACCCUUGGCCAUUGCAAACAUUAUGAGGGAUGAUACCAGAUUUCCUUCAUUUUCAUGCCAUGAGUCCAUGAUACCGAGGUUUGUGGAUACUGGGUAUGGAAGGGGAUUGCUUGAGAAGGAGCAGGCUUCCAGAAGGCAUGGACUGGAUUCUUCUCUUCAGCUUCUGGGGAACUUUUCUGGUCUCCUUUGCCCACCUGCAUCAGUAGUUGACGCAGCUAACAGUGCCCAGGCCAGGGCUGCUAGUUUCAUUUCCAAGUCUAAGAGUGAAGCAGAUGGGUCAGGUGGUGGAAGUUUUAUCUAUUUCCUUCCAAGUGGUGGCAAUAUGUGGCACCUCAUUGUAGAAGCUUGCAUUUCUAGAAACCUCAUCGAUACUUCAGCCUACUUCUGGCCUGGUUUCCUGUCUACUUUGCAACCUCUAGCAUCUGAUGUGACAUCUGCUCAGAGUUCUCCCUGGUUAGCAUUCAUGGAAGGCGCUGCUUUAAGUGGUCCUCUUGUUAAUCUGCUCAUCAACACUCCUGCUUCAAGUGUAGCGGAGAUAGAAAAGUUGUAUCGAAUUGCAUUGGGUGGAUCCACACAGGAAAAAGCAAUGGCAGCAAAGAUUCUCUGUGGUGCAUCUUUAAGCCAUGGAUGGAAUAUUCAGGAACAUGUGGUGCAUUUCAUUGUCAAGCUUCUCUCUCCGCCUGCACCUCCUGGUUAUAGUGGACAAGAGAGUCACUUAAUCGAUGACAUGCCAAUGCUAAGUGCCAUCCUUUUCGGAGUCUCUUCCGUCGACAAUGUCCACAUUCUCUCAUUACAUGGUGUCGUUCCUGAGGUUGCAGCGGCUUUAUUGCCACUCUGCGAGGUUUUUGGAUCUCUUGCUCCUGCAGCAACUGACAAACUGAAAACAGGCGACGAGACAUCAGUUUACAUGGUCUUUUCUGCUGCAUUUCUGUUCCUUCUCCGUCUUUGGAAAUUCUAUAAACCUCCACUGGAGCAGUGCCUAGCUGGUGGACCAAUUGGAGUUGAGCUCUCCCUUGAGUAUCUUUUACUCUUGCGCAAUAACCGUAUCUCAUCAAAUGAUUCUCCUGUCACUGAUGGAAACUGCCCAAGCAUCCACCAGUCUGAGUGUGCAUCAGAUAAGCCUGUAUACAUUGAUUUCUUUCCCAAGUUACGGGCUUGGCAUUGUCAGAACAAAUCUUGUCUUGCUUCAACGCUGUCUAGCCUGUCCACAUCAAGUCCUGUUCAUCAGACUGCCAAUAAGAUCUUAAGUAUGAUUUUCUCUAAGAUGUCAAAAGGUGGGCCAUCUUCUGGCAAUUCUUCGACACUAUCAGGCAGCAGCAGCAUCAGUGAAUCACCUGUAGUUCUCGAGGAUGAUGCUCAACAACAACCUACAUUUCCGGCCUGGGAGGUCUUAGAAGCCAUCCCAUAUGUCCUAGAAGCGAUUUUAAGCGCUUGCACCCAUGGAAGGCUUUCAUCCAGGGACAUGACAACUGGCUUAAGGGAUCUUGUGGACUUCUUGCCGGCAUCUCUAGCGGCUAUCAUUAGUUACUUCUCCGCAGAAGUUACACGUGGAAUCUGGAAACCCGUUCCAAUGAAUGGAACUGAUUGGCCGAGUCCAGCAGCCAUCCUUCCUACGGUUGAAUCUGAAAUGAAGCAAGUAUUGUCCACUGCUGGUGUUAACACUCGGAUAUGUUCCUCCUCUGAGGAUUCACAGGCAAUGCUUCCAUUGCCAGUUGCAGCUCUUGUCAGCUUGACAAUCACUUUCAAACUCACCAAGAACCUCGAAUACAUCCAUGCAGUCGCCGGGCCUGCUUUGGAGAACUGUGCAUCGGGUUGUGCUUGGCCGAGCAUUCCCAUAAUCAGCUCUCUCUGGGCCCAGAAGGUCCGCCGUUGGCACGAUUUCAUAGUGGUGGCCUGCUCUCGUUCCGUGUUCAGACAAAACAAAGAAGCUCUGUCUCAGAUCCUAAGGAGCUGUUUCACGUCAUUCCUCAGAUAUUCGAGCAACUCCACUUCGAUGCUGAACAAGGACAAGAGCAUACACGGGUUACUGGGAAGCAUCCUAGGAGCUCAAGGGAAAUUUCCGACAUUAGCACCAGGGUUCCUCUACCUAAGGAGCUGCCGGACGAUACAGAACGUGGAAUGCGUGAACAACAUGAUAAUAGGGCUGGUGGUGGAGAAAGCCGGGGAAGCAACAGUGAAAUGGAUGGCGAGAAGGGGAGGAGAGAAGUCGUUGUGGGCCGCAGCAGAGAAGGCGAGGGAGGUGGGAAUGCUGGGGGCAAGCCUGAUGGCAGUGACCGGAGGGCUGAGGCUGGUGCAAGAACUGUACCAGGAGACAGUGGCGACAUGGAUGCUGACAUGGAGGAACCGAGAAGGAGAAGGGGAAGGAGGAGAAGGGGAAGAAGGGAGAGUAGGGAGGAUAAUGCAAGGAUACGCACUGGCAUACAUGGUGGUGGUGGCGGGGUCGAUGGUGUGGGGGGUGGGGCCGAAGCCGCCGUCUUAUUCAGUGUCAAAGACGAGGAAGUCGAGGAUGAUAGGGGCGCAUAUGGAGUUCAUGGUGAGAGUGGUGGAAGGGAAGGUGUCGGUUGGGUGCGACGGUGCGAUGUGGAAGGCGUAUGUGGCUUGUGUGGUGGGUCUGAUCGUGACCAGAGCCCCCGCAUGGGUUCAGCCGGUGAGGCUCCACACUCUGCAGAAGCUGGCCAGGUCGCUCAGUGCAUGGCAUGACUCCCACCUCGCCCUCUCUCUCCUCGAGCGUGCUGGCCUUCCCGCCUUCCAUUCCUUCUUCCAACUCCUCAACUCUACUGCACCAUUCGAUUGAUUCAAUUCUUUAAUAUAUUUUUUUUCCUUUUAGACUUUGAUCGAUCUCAGUACUUGUACGGACUGCAUACAUGAUGUUUAUACGAGCAAUCGCUUUGAGGUAUUCA